UUAGUAAUUAUGUUGUGUUGUACCUUUUUGUUAAGUUUUUACGGCAGCUGGGCAUGGUACCCACCUGGCAGUUUGGGGAUGUGUAUGGUUUGGAACCUGAAGUUCUCAGUUUGGUGCCAAGGCCUGCCUGUGCUGUUCUUUUGCUCUUCCCCAUUACAGAGAAGUAUGAAACCUUUAGACUGGAGGAGGAGGCAAAAAUUAAAGCACAAGGACAAGAUGUGUCCUCGGAGGUGUACUUCAUGAAACAAACCAUUGGCAAUGCUUGUGGUACGAUAGGUUUGAUUCAUGCUGUGGCAAACAAUCAAAGGCAUCUGGAAUUUGAGCCCAGUUCCUCACUAAAGGCAUUUUUACUGCAAUCUACAAAGAUGAGCCCAGAGGAAAAGGCAGCUUACCUUGAAAAAGAUGAGAGUAUCCGUGUAUCACAUGAGUCAAGUGCUCAGGAAGGACAAACAGAGGCUCCAAGUUUAGAUGAAAAAGUGGAUUUGCAUUUUAUUGCCUUUGUAAACGUUGAGGGACAUUUAUAUGAACUGGAUGGACGCAAACCUUUUCCAAUUGUUCAUGGGAAAACCACAGGGGACACAUUUCUUGAGGAUUCUGCAGAGGUCUGUAAAAAGUUCAUGGCACGUGAUCCUCAGGAGCUCCGCUUCACUGUGGUUGCUCUUUCCAAAGCAUAAAUGUCCUUAAUGUAUCACCUAAGAUGAAAAACUGCCAGAUAUUCUAAAGUGCUGAUUACUUUAGAAUAUAAGCAUUUAUAAAGUUUAGGUUUGACUUUGAUGAAACAAAUUGUAAAAGUUGACACUAACAGAUUCACAAUGUGAAAAAGAAUAUAAAAAAAUAACCAGUAUCUAAAAAUUGUUCAAAUAAUAACAAAGCUCUACAAUUUUGUACCUGAACCAUGUUGCCCCUAUACACUUGUAUACAGUAAAAUAAAUUUCUGAUAUUAAUGCA